GUCGGGCAAGGGUGCAGGAUGCAUGUGUUUCUUUAUGUGGCCACAACCCACAUGGCUUUGUGAGCGCCGUCCUUCACUGCAGCACUGGGCGGAGAGAGCGAGGAACCGCUGCAAUGAGGAGGUUUGUGGUUUUGCUCGUCAUGGUGGUGACCCCUGCUGUGUGUGGCGCCGAGAAAAACAGAGCUCUGAUCAUGGCUGUGAGGAACGGAAAUUUGGAGCGCAUCAGGGAACUCAUAGCCGGCGGCGUGGACGUCCUUCAGCGCGAUUUCCGAAACCGCACGAGCCUCCACCACGCGGUCGGGAGAAAAGACCUGGAAAUCGUCAAAGAGUUGGUAAACGCCGGCCUCCCAGUCGAUGUCGGCGGCAACCACGACACCACCCCCUUGUUCCUGGCGGCCAACGAGGGCAGCGUCGAGAUCGUAGACUUCCUGCUCGAUGUCGGGGCCAACGUCCAGCAUGUCAAUGGCUUUGGAUCGACGCCUCUGCACUGGGCGGCGGACACCGUGGAGGGCGCGACGACGAUCGAGCAGCUCCUGAUCCACGGCGCGCGCUUGAACCUUGCCGACAACAGCGGCAACACGCCCUUACACCGAGCUGCUGCGGGCGGUAAUCUGGGCGGUGUCGUCAUCCUGCUGGCAUGGUGCGCCGACGCCUCGCUCGCCAACGCCGAGGGCCUCACGCCGUUCGACGUAGCCGUAGCGGAGAAACAGCCACAGAUCGCCGAGGAAAUUCAGAGAGCGGAGCCAUGCGAAUAUGACCCUUGUGACAAAAUUCUUGCAGACGGGUCUCUCCCUGAUGAUUCUCCGCAGCUCCUCGCCUGCAUGAAUGGCACCUGGACAACUCCUUCCUCUUCGGAUAAUGCAAGUGGCAUUGACAAGGAAGGACCAACAUUAAACACUACGAUCCUUCCAGACUGCGAAAUCAAAGGGCAGCGGUACAGCCACGAGUCGGAGUGGUUUGACGGCUGCCGGGAACACCGUUGUCAAGAAGGACGUAUUUGGUCCAACGCCACUGUCAGCUCCUCGUGCUGUGAGGACGGCGGGCAAGUUUAUCCCGCGGGACACAUCUGGGAAAGGGGAUGCUACCUCCUGAUCUGCUCCGAGGGGCGUCCGGAGGCGCUGGCCCUUCUCAACACGUGCUGCGAGGUAGACGGCGAGGCGCGCGUCCACGGGCAUACUUGGACGUCUCCCUCCGGCUGCGUCACCUUCACGUGCAACUCGGGCGUGGUGGAGGAGGACGUGGUUCCUGAUAACUGUUGUAUGGAAGGGAACGAGCGAUAUAUUGAAGGCCAUACCUGGACGGAAGGUUGCAAGGAGCACAUCUGUCGCGCAGGAGUAGUUAAUGAUUUGUCAAUCGCUGCAACAUGUUGCCAGGUCGGAGAAGACGUGUACCCAAACGGCUACAUCUGGAGGGAUGACUGUGUCCUCUAUUUGUGCAACGCUGGCACACCGCAGAACAUAGCGGUGCUCAGCUCAUGUUGUGAAAGCAACGGGGAGAUGUACUACGACAGGCAGAUCUGGCCAGUGGGAUGCGCGAGGUACACCUGCAACUAUGGCGUGGUGGAGGAGCUGCCGAUGCUCGAGACAUGCUGCCAAGUGGCCGAGAAAGCGUACAAAGACGGCGAGACCUGGCAGGCUUCUUGCUACGAGUUCACGUGCAACAACGGGACUGUGGAGCUGUUGCAAGUGCUUAACGUGACGCACUGUUAGGGACGACAUGUGGCAGACCCUCACUCACUUCAGAAUACAUGCGUCGAUUUUAUGCUUUUUUUUUUUUUUUUUUUUUUGUUUUAUCUUAUAAGUAAGCACAUCACGUGUAUGAAUAACACACACGCACACACACACACACACACACACUCACACACACACACACACACACACACACACACACACACACACACACACACAUACACACACGCACGCACGCACGCACGCACGCAUGCACACACACGCAUUGAUGCAUGCACGCACACACACAUUCAUGCACUCUCUCUCUCUCUCGCACACACACUCUCGCACGCACGACCGCACACGCACACACGCACUUGCUCUUCUGUUAAUAUCCUUAGAUGAUAUUCGUAGAUGACUGGUAUUUUUAUAUUACAAUCACUAUUUUUCUAUCACUCCCUAACUGAUUGUACUUCUUCUUAGGCUUCUACAUUCCUUCAAUAUUUAUGAAUCGGGAAAUCGGGCCUAAAUCAUAUAGAAACAGUCUUUAAAAAAAUAAAUGAGAUUUAAU